AUGGUUACAGAAGUUGACAUUGGUGCUCAAAAUGUCUCCAAAAAAUCUCAAUAUAAUCCAUUCAUUCCAGUGUUCCUAAGACAAGUUGCCAUGGAAACCACUUAUAGUUCUGGUGCUGAUUUGCAAGAAAUUGUCAACAAAUUAUACAAAAAGUAUCAAGACAUUUUAGAAGACUAUGAACAAUUCUCUUGUCAAAGAUUCCUUUUUGUGACUGCUCUAAAAAACAGACUCCCAUUGUACAGUGCUGAACCUCUUCGCCAAAGUCGGGUUCAUAUCGGUGUGCGCACACUGCAAGAAGUGAGGGCGCUAUUGCACCACCAAUGGUCAUCAGAUUCUGAGAAUACAAGCAGUAGCACAAACACACAUGGUACUUUAGAAUUGUUUCUUAAUUUAGUUGACCAAUUGCGUAAACUUGAAGAAAACUUAACAUCGCUUUUACCAGAACAUGUUCAAUUAAUUUGUCAGGAUGAAUUGGGUGACUGGAGGAAACGACUUCUUGAGAAAAGCGACUUUUCAUUUUUAGAUAAAGAAAAGUUUACUUUGAGUUAUGAGGAUCAGCCGGGUUAUGCUGGUGUCGUCAGCCUAUUGCCAUUUGUGUUAGAUAUUGGGCAUAACACUUUUCAAAUUUUAAAUGAGUAUUUAAGCGCCAGGAAGGUAACACCAUAUCGUCCGCAGUUAUUGUCAUUGGGGUCUAUUGCUGACGAUGAGGAGGAUAUUUUUGUGACUGCAAAGUCUUAUAUGCAAGACAAAGAGAAUAAUAAAUCUACAUCACCAGUUUUAAGAAAGCAACAAUCACCAACAAGAUCACCAAGGAAAGAACAUGAAACUCAAGGAAAGUCGAGAAGAAAAACACCAUAUGCAAAAUUAAUCCGAAAGAGCCCAAGGCAAAAAACAGCAACUCGACUGCCACCACAAACGACAGUAAGACAGCCAUCUAUAGUUGAACUUGGCAGAGGGCCAAUGAUACGACAGUCUUCAAGGCUUCCAUCACAGUAUAAAUAUCAUCCAAAGCAGUCAAAGUACAUAGUGAAACAAGAAGUGCGUUCAUUAUCACAGAUGAAAUAUGGCACAUCCCAGGUACGAACUCCUCGAAUGAAAACACCGAUUAAAAGAUUAAAUGAGAAAUAUGAUCAUGUUAGAUUUCCAAAUAUUGAGAAAGUUGUGCAUUCGGGAAAAACUGAUUGGAAGAACCUACAGGACGUGAAAAAUGCACAGAAUUAUGAACACUCAAGGUUAUCAUAUCAAGCUAAUGGUGUAUCACCUCGCGCAUAUUACAAAGGUCAACACCGAUAUCCUGUGAGUCCAGUUCUUUCACAAAGUCUUCCACACACAAUGGACAAUAAAAAUAUUCCAACCCCGUUGCAAUCAAGUUAUGAUCCCCGCUACCGACAAAGACGAUCCCCCUACCCUACCAUUCUACCUGAAGCUCGACAACGACAUGUUUCUACGUCGUCCCAAGACUCAGCUGAUGCAGCUCCAGUUAGUGUUAUUUAUCAUGGUAGUACCAUCUAUAAUUAUCCAGGGGAGGGUACCACUGAAAUGGAUUAUACUACGAGAGCCAUCAAACGCUUAGAAGAGCGACUUCUGCCCCAAAUGGACUUGCUGAAAGACAAGAUGAGAAGAAGAGACAUUAAACAAAAAGACAAUUCAAAUUUGAUGAGAAUAGUAGAAGAUAAACUUAAAAAGAUGCAAGAUGAGAUAGAAGACAUUAAAACUAGACAGUUAUUACAUAAUUAUUAUCUCAGGGAUUUCCACAAAGUCUUAACAAACAAAGACCUUGACAUAAUAAAAGACCAUAUAGCGUACAGAGACUUGACAGAGCUCGGAAUUAAACUUGGACUAUCAGAGAUUGAUGUGGAGGAUGUGAAAGAACAAACAAACGCACUAAGGGAGCAAGUCUUUCAAAUUCUCCUUGCUUGGAGAAACAAAGUUGGUAAAUAUGCAAGCCUGGAUUUGAUAAUCGAGGUGCUGAUUAAAAUGAAACGCAGAGACACUGCGACUUUAAUUAUCAACGAUAUGAAACAAAGAAGUUAA